CAUUGCCAUUUUUCUUUAUUUUAAUUUUAUCCCAACACUCCAUUCAUUUGGAAUUAUUUGGAAGUAUUUUCAAACUUUCGAUUCCUAUUUAGGGUAUCGAUAUUGAAACGACAUGUCCUAGAACACAUACUACCUUUCUUUUAACCUCCCUUCCCUCCAAAACAGUCAAAAUGGAUAAAAUAAUUGAUGCACGAUUUGAUCGUGUAGAAAAAGCUCUUGCCAACUUGAUAGCUUCAAUUUCCAAAUACAGCCCUGUUCCAGCUCUGGCCCAAGACUUAGUUCUCGCGGAUCAAGAACUUAAUGAUGGUCUAUCACUUCGUAUGUUUACUCUCCACGUUUUCCCUGAACUCUCUUGAUCCGACUGUAUAUUAAUACAAUUCCUACAGUAAAUCAACAUCAACAAAAUACCCACAUCCUCACUACUCUACACGCCGAUUCUGCAGCCCUCGAUGCCCAAAUUCGCGAGCUUCUUAUCCUUUUAACCAACACGCGAACUGAGCUCAUCAACACUCCAUUGUCCGCAUACCCCGAAAAUAAAAACCCCGUGGAGUACGAAGAACUUCUUAGCUAUGCGCGAAGGAUUUCUAAGUUCACGGUUCCGCCCGAGGCUCGAGUUUUUAAACCAGAAGAUUCAUCACCGAGGCAAGAAGGUGUUGCGACAAAUGGAAGUAGCACGCCUAGUGUUACCGUUACUGGUAACGGUGCGAAUGGUAAUGCUAUGGAUAUAGAUGUCCCUUCUGUUACUCCAAACGGAGCAAAUCCACUUGCUGCAAGUCAAGAUUCACCAUCACAACAGCCUUCUCAGUCAAAAUCUGCCCUUGAUGCCGGUUAUGUACAAUUCCUUAAUACGGGCUUUAAUGACAAAGUAUUCGUGCCAUGGGCUCGCGAAGAAGAUAUUAGGAUGGGUGCAUUAGCAAGCAUUCAGGCACUAGUUGACAGUGGGAUCGAUCCUGAGGGAUGGGACCCUGAGCUCGAGGAACAAAAGAAGAGGGAAGAGGCCGAAGAGUUAGAGAGGCAAGAAGAAGCACAAAGAGUGAAAGAAGAGGAGAGGAGAAGGCUAGAGAUGGAGAGGAGAACUAAUGCUAUGGCUGGUGGUCAAAGUGGCGCUGGCGCCGAGAGGCCAAAGGUGUUUCAAUUGGAUGAGUUUGAUGACGACGAUGACUGAGGGUUAUGAUCAGGAGCCAUGGUAAGUCUAACAUAUAUUCCAUUGCACUUUUAUCGACACGAAACUUUAUGAUGAUGGUAUAAAAAUCGAUUAGUCUUGAAGACAAAAUACAUGGUUACAAAUUUUACGCAUGCGAGCCUCUCUGAUUGUUCAGCUACCUCUUCCCUCAAAUACUAUUCGCAUUAAGAUGGAACAUAGCUAACAAGUUAUCUGUAGGACUAAAUUCAAUACAUAAUAUGUAUGAUCGUUACUAUUUGUACCGUAUUGCUCGGCAAGGCCCUGUGGUAUCUACACCAUAUACUAUGCAUCUCUUUGAUGGAAACCUUCGCAGUGAAUUACCGAGCAUCGUAUAGGCCAGACGCACCAUCGAUGCACUCGGAUAUCUCCAUGGGUAUCAUAUUACCAUGCGGUACGUUCUCACUAAAUAUUUCAACUCUUCCCUCCAUCCCGCGAUGAUUAGACACGAGUUUCAUGCACCACUCAUAUAGCCUUCGGGUCGUUGAUGAGGAACAAACCACUUUUGAGAAUGAGCAAUGGGAUGCAGCAAAUUUUUUUCUUCAAAUAGUUGAACUAUCAAAUUACUUGCGCUGAUCAAUAUAUAGGUAUCACCCUUCAGGUCGCAGAAGAUGAUUGAUUUCCAGUCAUGAACUGCAAAAUGCAAAAGUUCUUUUCGCGGAGAGAUUGGAUAUUUGUCUGAGGCGAAUAUCUGAUUAAACGCAUGAUCAAGUAGGUGUGAAAGAGCUUCGCUUCAGAUCAGAGCAAGAUAUCUACAGGAGACAUAGAUAAUCGUGUCAUGGCAAUGGCAUCUGGGCAUUCAUCUCCGCAGUUUCACAUAGGAAUAGUAAUAAUGAUAAUGAUAAUAGUUUGAGUGGAAUAACAUCUGGGUAUGGUAUGAGAUAAAUAUA